UGUAAGUGGGACAAAUGAAGUUCAUUUUCCACAGCUGGUGAUGGCGGAUGUUGUUGAAAAGGAGACCAUGAAGAAUUACCACAUAGCGUCUGAGAAAAUUAACCCAGAGACCAGUCGCUACCCUUAUUGUAUUGUGUGGACACCCAUCCCCGUGUUAUCAUGGCUGCUUCCAUUCAUCGGCCACAUGGGAAUCUGCACUUCCACUGGUGUCAUCCGGGACUUUGCUGGACCUUACUUUGUCUCAGAAGACAACAUGGCUUUUGGAAGACCAACAAAGUACUGGAUGCUGGAUGUUAGCAAAGUCUACGCCAGUGGCUCCAACGCCUGGGACACAGCGGUGCACGAUGCUUCAGAGGAGUAUAAGCACCGGAUGCACAACCUGUGUUGUGACAACUGUCACUCGCAUGUUGCCAUGGCUCUGAAUCUGAUGCGGUAUGAAAACAGCACCUCGUGGAACAUGGUCAAACUCUGCCUCCUCGCUCUGAUCCAUGGAAAACACGUCAGCUGUGCAGGCUUUCUGAAGACCUGGCUGCCUUUCCUGAUGCUGAUGGGCAUCAUCCUCACAGUGGCCCUGGCCCUCAACCUGCGGUGACCUGGGAGGCAGGUUAAAGACACAGUGGAACCCCUGCAGGUCGGAUGUAGGGUUGACCUUUUAGACAACAAGGGGGGCAUCACACGGUGUCGUGCAGACGCGAUCGAGGAGCUAAAGACUACUCACCUCCGAGGGGAGAUUGUUGAACAGGAAUGUCCAACACAUGUAUACCAACACAUGCUUGGUUUGUGGGGAGCAGGCGGCCUGUUAGUGGCGUAACUCCAGUGGUGAAACUGGAACGACCAAGUGACAGAAAUUCAUUUAUAUUCAGUCAUUUAUUUAGAGGGAAGUGACUGAGCACCCCACAUACACCACAACUACCAGAACCAGUCAAACACUUAAUGGAUUAUGAUUACCGAAAGCCUAACAGCAGGUUUAAGCCAUCGGCACCUGCACAGCGUAGACGUCGUGUACCUGUGUUGAUAGUUGAGUCGAGGAACAUACAUAGUCGAAUUCACGGAGGGAAAACAUUCAUGCCUUGCUUUCAGAUUCUGAUGAUAUUACUUUGUUUUGGACUGGGAGUGUAAUCCCAUGAUUCAGUGCUUCCAGAAUGCCAUUUUUAUACUGGGGAGGGCAAACAUGCUAAAUCAAUUAGAUGCCUUUUUAGGGACUUUAUUGCAUCUCAUGCUUGAUCUAAUGUAGCUCGUCUAUAGCACUGCGACUUAAAGCUAAACACGCCAGAGCAGUUUAUAUUUUUGUGCAUUUUCUUACUUGUACGAUAUCAAAACGUCCGCAUCUUCUAAAAAGAAAUAUUUUCUCAGAGAUAUGUUGUACAUGCAUUCCACGUAUCACCUCAUGGUACUACUUUAAAUAGGUUUACGAUAAAUGUUUUCAUACCUUUAACUGCAGAUCAUCAAUGCAACGAUUGUAGCAACCUCAGUGAAUGUGGCUGUGGAAAAUACCUAGAGAAACCAACAGAAUAGUUAAGCUCCUUUUGGUUUUCUAUACCAGUGCCAAAUGUAGGAGAAUGGGAGACCAACUCAAACUGUGUCCUUGAACUCGUUCUUUAGCGGAACAGCUCAUUGGUGACUCCAAAUUUAUCGAAUGAAAGGCGUGUUGUUGUCGGAGUUAUGACGCCUGCUUUAAUCUUUUGCUUUUCAUCACAAAUUCUGACUUAAUGUGAAGAAGCAGGAGUCAGUGCCUAAAAGUGACCUCGCUCACAGAUCCCUUAAAUAUUGUAUUUUUGAUUUUUGUAGUUAUUUUUGACACUUUAAAAAAGAAGUUAAAUCCACAUGAUGGUUGGCACUCGAAAUCCGUUGCCAUGGCUAUCAUGAGUAGAUUCAAAUCCCCUCAUUGUUUGCAAUCAAAUAGAAAAAAGUGUUGAGCCCUCUCUUUGUCCGCGGUGCUGCCAGAAGCAGCAGGUAGCCAGGAUCCUCAGGUUUUCACACUCACCAACCCCUGCUGAAUAUCCCCAUUUCCCUCAGCGCCUGACCAGCGUCACUCCUGCUGUUUUCCACCUCUGCAGAUCAGAUUUGAAGGUCAUUGCAAAAUGUCAGCACUGUUUCACAAAGCUUUGAUAUAUACCGGCCAACAUCCUGCAAUAAUCCAAAGUAGAUGUCAUGUUAGUGUGUUGUUAUAAAUUACAAUUUAUUUUAUUUUUUAGGGUUGAAUGUUAGGGCUAACACAGUGCCAGUUUUCUAGACUUUGCUCUCCUCACUCGGCUUCUUGAAAGCAGAUAUUCUGUGGCCUCUUGUGUGUAUUUUACCCAUGUUGCCUGUAAAUAUUUGAUCACACAUUGUACUGUACACCAGGUGCUCUUUAUAUAUUUUGCAAACGUGAUCACUCACUCAACAGAUUUAUUCUUUGAAUAAUUUACAAUUUUUUUAUUUCUCUACUCCACCUCUGCAUAUCAUCUCUGCUCGGGCAGUGAAGCAGAUCUGUGCCUGGAUGAGUGCGUGAUCGCAUGUGUGUGUUAGUCAUGCACACAGCAGUGAUCAGAGAGAGCAUGUGAUUGCAUGCCAGCAUGUGUGUGUUGCAUGCGUGCAAGAAAGUUUGAGAGAGACGUUCAUGUUUGACAUAUACUGUGGCUUCUUGAUUAAUAGUCAGCUGCAUUGCGUUGCAGCCAGCUGCCUAGUUAUUGAUUUCUAUAUUUAUUACUCCAUAUCUUUCUCUUAAACUCGUUCAAGCCUUAGCAAGGAUUAAUAAUAAAUUAGACUAUAACAGGCCUGCUUAAGUUAACGUUGAUUUGAUGCAAUAGCCUGUACCGUUCCGUGUGUAGCUACACUUUAUGUAGAUUAGAGCUGCAGAGUCAUUUUGUUAAAGCAUUAAACGAGGAAGGAGGAAGAGAUGGAGAACGUGCCGUCAGUUUGAACAUUAUUGUAAAUAAAAACAUUGUUUUGGGAAUAUUUCCAACCUUUUUACUGUGACGCUCCACGACUGUUUCCUAAAGCCAUGUCACUGCUGUGAAGAGGUAAUUGCCUUUAUGUACGUACAACUUUACGCCCCAGAGUCUCAAAUAUUUACAUUUUAAAUUGUUGGGAAUUUGACUUGAGAGUGAUGUUACUAAAAGUAGCAUGUGUUUAAAAAAGAAAUAUGCUCAUUAAACUGCAGCUACGUUUCACGUCUCUGUCCAAACUUAGUGAACGUGGCUGUGGAAAAUACCUAUAGAGAAAAACAGAAACAUGAAAACCCCUUUGGUUCUCUGUAAUUGCGCUAAAUGACAGGAAAUGGGAGACAAACUGUGCUUGAAUCCGUAACUUGUUUUCUUUAGUCAAACAGCUCAUUCAUUACACUCUGAGCUGCGAGAGGCAAUGAAUGAAUGACUUGAAACUCACAACAUUGUCAUUAUUGCUGCUUUUGACAUAUAAAUAUAUGUGUAUAUUUUAGGAGGAAAGAUAGAACUUGUGACGAUAAAUAGUCCGCCGGUCCUUUAUUGGAGUGCAUGUGCAAGAAUGCAAUAUUCAGUGGAGAUGAUUUGAAUGGUUUUAGAUGUUGCCUGCUGCGGUGCCUUGUUGUAUCCAAGAGCCAGGUCCAGGAAUGUGGAGACCUGUGGUCCCAGCGAUUCAGUCCG